GAAAUACGUGAGACGUGAUCAUUUUUUUUAUAAAAUGAUAUUUGUGUCGGGCUAUUUUCGCACCGGUGAAUAUAUUUAGUGACUGUACAACGAAAAAUUCUUUAAAAAAUGUGUAAAUAUAUAGAUUUCUUUCUGUAUAAUGGUAUAAUGUAUUGUCUACAAUACCACGUGAGUCUGUUGACGGUAUUUUACGGCAUGAUUCAUGAAAUACAAUAAAACUGUUUAAUUAAUGUUACAUACCUUUCCUAUAUAAAUACCCUAUGUAUUAUUAACAUUAAAAUUAUGCGAAUAAGCUUUUCGAAAUAACUAAUUAAGGGAUAAAUAAGUUAAUAAAAACUAAAAUAGUUACGAUGUAAAUAUGUUAAAUUUGUAUGUAAAAAACAGAUGUAUGUCAAUUCUUUAAACCUAAAAAAUAAGAUAAUGAAAAUGAUAUUAAAUGCGAAUUUAUGUAUGUAUGUAUAUACAUGUAUAUGGGAACAGCAAUUUUGACAAUCCGAAAAAAGGAAUGUGGUAAAAAAACCCUUGAACACUAUUAUAUUUAGAAUAGCCGACCAACAGAAAAUUAAAACUAUAAACAAUUAUAAUUGUACUUUUCAGCCUUCGUUAUAUUUUUUUGUUCAAGAUACCAAAAACUAAUGCUCUGCCUGCAGUGAAAUUAGUCAUUUAAUUUUCUGAAUUACACGUGCAGAAGUUAUAUGUCGAUGAAGAAUACAAAUGUUACAGAAUUACAAGAUCCACUGUAUAUCGAUCGAUCCAUAAAAGAAGAACUGAUAGAUGAAGAAUGGAACGAAAUACCAUAUUGCCAAGACUUCAAUUAUUAUUCUGAAAUCGAACAUGUUGAUAAUAACACAGCUGAAGCGGAUUUGAAGUUGGAAGAAAAAUAUAGAAUAACAAUUGUACCUACAAAAUCAAAAAACAAACCAAGUUACAAAUACUUGAUUAGACUUUACUGCAAACGGUGUAAAUCUAAUUCAGAACAAGAUUUUCAAAACGAUUACAGCAAAAGUUUUACUUGUGAAAAGAAAAACUGUAGAGAACCUUUAAGCUUUCAGUGCAUUACUUGCGAUAAUUGUUAUAAACAUUUACCUAGUGCUUACAGACACGUCAGAUAUAAUUGUAAAGGUUUGAAGAAUGUUAUCAAAACUGAGAUAAAAACUGAGCAUGAUAGUCGGACCUUCAACACAAAAGUUUACAAUCCCUAUGUAUGUAAAAACCAACAAUCAACAAUUAAAAGUAAAAAGAAUAAUUGUUAUUUAGAGUGUUCAAAAUGUGAUAAAGUGUAUAAAUCUAUCAAAUCGCUUUACGCGCCCACGAAGCUUUGCGGAAUUGAGAAAAAUAUUAAAUGUGAAUUUUGUCCAUUUAAAAACAAAUAUGCCUGGAGUGUUAGACAACAUACAGCAAAUCUUCACGUAAAGAAAGAAAAAGAUUAUAAAGUAUGUCAUAGUAUGAAAAAAUCGAGGUCCAAAUAUAUCAAUCGUUUUAAGAAACGUAAACGAAUAAGAAAACUGAAGAAAACGGGAAUAUCAAAAUGGUUUUGUUGCGAACAUUGUAAUUACGAAGCAUAUCGUAAAGAUCAUCCAGUGAUACAUAUGCAACGAAACCAUUCCAAAAUAUAUCCGCUCAAUUCAUUCACUUGUAAACUUUGCAAAAAAGAUUGUAGAGAUUUUUACGCCUUUAAUAGUCAUAUGAAGAGCAAGUGCAUUUGUAGAAACGCUCGAGUAAUUCUUAGUGAUAUAAAAGUAUAA